AUGUCAUCCAUGCUGCAGGCUAUUGACGGUAUAAUCUUGCAGUUUCGUGGAGCAUCUCAGGUUGUGUGCAACGUGUGCCCGAAGCGUGAUAAUGCUUUGCGCACAAUGCAUCCUAAGCAUGUGUGGAAGCACAUUGACACUGGUAUUCAUCAGCGUCAUGCCAGGAUCUGGGCUUCCACAUGCUCGAAGACUCCCUCCAAACGGCAACACCAUCAUCAUGAAGCAGAACCUCCACCUUCACCUGUCGACGACGGAGACAACAUGUUCGCCUCGAGUGCCAUGGACAUCGACAAUACUGUCUAUACUCAGGAGCCACAUCCAAUACGAUCAGACCAUGAAAUAGUACCAGUCGCUGAUCUCUGGAACACCAUCUCAAGCAGCCCUUUCUAUCAAGCCAACGAAACAUACGAUUUGUAUGAGGAGCUGCAGUCUGCCCUGGCUUCGGGGGAACAAUUAUUUUCUAUGCCACUUGCCCCAGUGAGCGAAGAAAUUGGCUUCGAUGACGAGACAGAAUCAAACUUUGGAAUUGAACUUCCAGACGACUGUCCAUUGACCACUUCAUGUCAUGUAAAUCUAAACAGUCCAGUUGCACCUGAUAAUCCGACAUAUCCAUGGCCAUCAAAGGCUUUCUCCGAGGCACAGAAAAAGGCAGUUCUAUCUUGGGCAAAGGAGCUUGGCGCUCGUGAUGUCCCAUCGCUAUAUGCAUUGAACCAAUGUCAGGAAUCGGUUCGAACACUUGUCGGCAAUCCAACGGAAAAGAUCACUGCACGUUCGGGAAAUAUAUUUUAUCUUAACAAUGUUGGAAAAGCAAUUGCCAAGGACUAUGCGAACCCUCUCACACGUCUUGCAAUGCAGGAUUACCCUGAAGAUGGAGGCAAGGGAAUGUCUCAGGUGUUCAACGGAGAGAAAAUGUUGUUCGAACGCCCUUCGCCUCCUGCAGCUAAAGAUGCGUCAGGGGACUACUUUAUACCUGAGCGCUUCUUUCUUGCGUCGUACACAUCGACGGGUGAUAAUUCGGAUAAGCAGCUAUAUGCGCUUGGCCGUACUGUACAACGAACAGAGGAUGGCUUUAUUGUCAGUGAUGAGCAAGAAAUAAUUCCAACGUGUAACUUUCGAAGGUCGUUUCGAGAAAUAUCUGCCAAUGACGACGAACUUGCUUGCGGGCUAAUGGAGUCGUCAAGGAAAUACACAAAGCUAGUGCCAAAUCAAUUGCGCACAAAAUCUCAAGGACGUAUGGUGUACUCGGUCCCUCUUAUCGUCUUCAUGGAUGAUGUAUCCGGAAAUAUAUCCAAGCAAUGGAAUAAGCACCACGCAAUAUACAUGUCUAACGCGAAUCUACCUCCCCCAAUGGAAAUGAUGAGCGCCAUGCAAGAAUCAAUUAGCAAGGCUACAGAAUCUGGGGUCUUUACUUGGGACUGCAAGUAUGAAGAAGAAGUUAUGCUGGAGUUAUAUGGUCUGUUUCUCGGUGGCGACAACCCUAUGCAAGCCGAGGAAUGCAGCCAUGCAGGGUUGCAUUGCAACUACUUCUGCAGGACAUGCGAAGUCGGUGGAACAAAGGAGUACAAGGCGUCAGAUGAGGGCUACAAGAGCAUCUUUGCACCAGGAAAGCUUCACACUCCUGCAGGAACGGCAGAAGAGAUUCAUGCACAAUUCGCUUCUGCACUCUGUUCAGGCGCUUCGGAGAAGAUUAAGAAAUCUGUUGCUUCAUCGGGUGUGAAGGACACGACAACUGGCUACAUUCUUGAAACGGUUGUUGAACUGGGGAAGAAACUGCGCAAACGGAGUGCUGGCAUUCAAGCAAAACCAGAGAGCAAAAUCAAGGCUAUUCUAGAGAAGCAGCUUGAAGACCUCCUGCAAGGGAGCAAACUCGAGGAUGCAAUCAAUCCAUUACUAGGCAUUGAAGUGUUAUUGGGGGUUGUAAAAUACUUUUGGGGUCAAUCAGUAUAUCUUCUCGAGAAGGCAAAGGUUCUGGAUGUUUUUCAAAUGCGUCUCGACUCUAUUGAGAAAGAUGGGCUCAAUGCUCCGUGUCUCAAUGCUGAUUAUAUUUGCCACUAUAAGGGCGGACUUAUAGGGAAACACUUCAAAAGUUUGGCGCAGGUCAUGCCAUAUCUUAUUCAAGACUUACUGCCGAGAACAGUACUUGAUGGGUGGAUGAGUAUCGGUGAGCUCAUUGUGUAUGUUUGGCACACAAAUAUAGAUGAUAUGGAGGUGUAUUUGGCAAAGCUUUCCCGGACAAUUGACGAUUUUCUGAAUGUUACGGCAAAAUGCGCACCAAGCAUUCUCAUCUCAAAGCCGAAGUUUCACUUUUUGGUCCAUCUUCCUGCAUAUAUCCGACGCUUUGGACCAGCCAUUCUCUUUUCCACCGAACGAUACAAGUCAUUCAACCACGUGUUCCGGCUGGCAUGUAUACAUAGCAAUCGACAGGGACCAAGCCAGGAUACAUGCAAGGUAUUCGCGAGACAAGAUAUCAUCAAGCAUAUGGUGACUGGGGGCUACUGGUUUGAUAAUGCUAGCAAAAAGUGGGUUCAGGCAGGUGAUGCAGUUUUGAGCUAUCUCGAUGAGCAUCCAGAGCAAGCACAGCUUUUGGGGAUUUGCACACGAGAACCCCCUGCGACAGGAACCGGCCAACUCAAGAAGGUCGCCAUCAAAAAUGGACGACCCAUUCCAGCAAAGCCUGUGCUGUGGACAGCAACACACUGCGCAAAGGCCCUCGAGCUCCCGCAACCUGCUCAUCAUACUCAAUACCACCAUGGCAUCUCGUUAAUUCUCGGCAAUGAUAUUGGGCGCAUUCGGGAGAUCUUGAUCUCAAACUCUCGCAAAGUUGUGCAGCAUGUCACCAUUCAAAAACUUGCUUUCGGACCUGCUUUACAUCCCUUGCUUCACAUCCCCACUCUUGAGCUCACGGAACAUGAAGUCGUUAUUAGCCCACAAGACAUUGUUUGUAUCGUAAAUGUCCAGCACGACUGUGUUAAAUCACAGUGCUCAGACGUUAGCCAAUGUCACAUUCGCCAAGAGCGAACCGAGACUGCACGUACGAAGUCCAUUUUUCAGCACAAAUCCUCACCAUUUUACUUGCUCAAUGCUUAUUCGAUUCACAAUUAUGCUCAGAUUCAAUUGGUCAUUCCUCAGUUGCUCCGUGAGACACCAUUGAGGGUCAGUGAUGCAGCAGAUGUUUGUUUGGCAGCAGCUCGUCAAAUCCAGGAGAAGAAAGUAGCUAAGAACUCAGGCGAAACAUCAGGUACUGAACCUGCAAGUGCACCACCUGCAGCGUUCGACUGCCCGGCAACAAAGGCAGCAAGCAAGUCGAAGAAAACGCAGAAAGCAAAAGAGAAGGCACCUCAGCCGCAAGCAAAUCCACAACAAUGUACAAUCAUACAGGCAGCCGCAUCUUCAAGUUACCAUAUCCCAACACCCCACACAGCGCCAGCCACCAGCCACUCUUCACAUAUCCCAUCACUGUCGCCAGCGCCAGCACUCGUGCCUUCUCAUCUUCGAUCGCUGCAUCCUCCCACAACUGUACCUUUGCAGUGGCAGCAAUCUCCUGUGUAUUCAUAUAGAGCUCCCCCUUCGCAUCACCCGCUGCAACCACCCCCAACAGUAUUGACGUGGCAAACAUCUCCUGCACCUGGUCCAUCCAGACCUCUUUCUUCUCAUCCCUGGCCAUUGAACUCACCUUCCAUUGUGCCGCCGAUGUAUGCUGGGCAAUACGUUGUCCCACCAUAUCAACACUCUUUAGGGUUUCCCUUGCAACCUCUGGCAGAUGGUACUAGACUCUCCUUCGACAAGUUUGUCCUCAAAAUUCUUCCUUCAGUGUUCGAGGUUCGCCAGGUUCGUCCUUCAUUGUCUUUAAAAUUUUUCCUCCAGCGCUCAAGUUCUUCCUUCCUUGUCUUUGAAAUUUUUCCUCCAGUGUUCGAGGUUUCCCAGGUUUGUCUCUUUGUUUUUCCUCCAGCAUUUGAGGCUCACCAAAUUAGCGUGUUUGUCUUUGAGAUUUUUCCUCCAGCAUUCAAGGUUUCCCAGUUUUUCCUCCAGCAUUUGAGGUUUCCCAGCGUGUUUGUCUUUGAAGUUUUUCCUCCAGCAUUCAAGGUUUCCCAGCACUCAAGUUCGUCCUUUCUUGUCUUUGAAAUUUUCCUCCAGCGUUCAAGUUCGGCCUUCCUUGUCUUUGAGGUUCUUCCUCCAGCGUUCGAGGCUCGCCAGCGUUCAAGUUCGGCCUUCCUUGUCUUUGAAGUUCUUCCUCCAGUGUUCGAGGCUCGCCAGGUUCGUCUGUUUGUCUUUGAAAUUUUUCCUCCAGCGCUUAAGUUCGUCCUUCCUUCACUUUAA